CCGUGUUGUCCUGCAGGGGAAGGGGAAGUGGAGGCUACUUACUGCUAAUUCCCAUGUGAGCAUGUGGACAGCGGGGUGCAGUGUGUGACUCAAACUACUGCUCACUAACAACAUGCACGGUCUGUUCGCCAGUGAAGUGUGUGUGUGUCAGUGAGACCCCGGUGCGGUUACUCUGAGCCGCGGGUGGGCGGUAACGCGGGGGCUCCAGCGCCGCUCGGCCUUGUCCACCUCCAGCCUGCGGGCGAGUUGAUGCUGGUAGCAGAAAGCAGCAGCAGUGCGCUUCUUCACAUCUCAGGCGAAUGAAGGCGCUGAACAGUAAAGGCAGUCUGAACAGCGGAAGCAUUCAUGGAUAUAGUUGGCACAUUUAACCAUUUAAUUCCCAGUGAUCAGUUGGAAGACUCCCUGCUCCUUGGCCAGAACCUGGAAUGUGAAGCGAGUGAUGAGUUUGCGUCGAGCCACAGCCUGCCAGGAGACUCGCUCAAGAACAUGCUCAGUGACAAGGAUCCUAUGUUUGGUUCGGCCAGCGCGCAGUUUCAUCUCUUGGAAAACGACGACACAAACUUUCAGCUCUCUGGCUCAUUAGAGCAUGACAUGAAUUCUUCAGGCUUCAGCCAGACUAGUGCAGGUGGGGAUGAGACUCCGGGCAAGUUUCUCAGAGGCAGGAGGAAAGGUCUCGCUCAGCCACAGAGGAAACAAACCGCCGUUUCAUCUCGAGGCCGAGGUAGAGGUGGACGGGCAAGACGCCCAGGACCAUUUCGAGGAGUGUCCAGUGAGGCUCUUAGCAAAAAAACUGGCCGGAUAUCCGGAGUUAAGGACGACGAAGAACCAGGAUCGAGUAAUAGCUCGACAACGGGGAAGUGCAUGGAGAAACGUGAAGAAUUGCUGAGCCGACGGUUUAACGUCAAUGAAGUCGACCCGUCGAUGAACCCCGUGGUCGUGCUGAGGCGUCUAACGGUGACCGUAGGUGGUUACAAAAUUGAACUGUUGCCUGGUCCUUCUCACACUUCUGCCACGUUACCUACAGACACUCUUGAGUCUAUGAGCUUCCAGGACGAUGCUGUGACCACGGGAAGCAACGGGUUUGAUCUGGGACAGACCCAGACGUUUGACGUGCUUUCGGCCCCAGAGGUUGUCGAAGAGCUUCAGGUCAUCGAACAUUCAGUCACUGAAACGCCCAUGGAUUUAGGGCCAUAUGUAAAUCCGAAUGAAGUGCAACAUGCCAACGGUGCAACAGAAGCAACGACGGACGCCACAGCCGCCGUCCAAAACGAGGCCGAAAAGCAGAGCGACGAAAAAUCGGAAAGUAAAAAUGUCACAACGGAUAAAACCGCCACUAAAAAGCUCCUGAAACCCAAGCAGCCUGUAAGUAUAGCCAAAAACAAGCCUGUUAGCAGAGCAGACAUUAUGCACAAAGGGUCCAAGCAUCACAAACCACAAGAUAAAAAAGUGCAAAAUACUACAGAAGAAAAUCAGCAACAAGUCAAAGGCAAGCAGAACAGCGUCGGCCUGAAGCGGCCAGCCCUGACUCCCAAACCCAAACAAACCUUGAAACCACAAAAGGAGCAAGCCUGCGAUCCGGUAAAACAAAGCGUCAGCCCAUCCGUUCCACUUUCUCCUCCAGUAAAUAAAAAGGUGUCGUCCGAUUCCAGUCCUGGUACUAAACUAGUUAUGAAUAAAUCUCCCUCUUCGGGAAAGAAACCACAGAAUCCCUCACCUGCAGGACUUAAACAAAGCCAGUCAGUGAAGGAUGCUCCAGCGGAAGAAGAACAGGAGAAGACCAAACUCAAAAAAACUGAAAAGAUCUUGCAGAGACAGAGAAGCAGGAGCAGCAGAAGCGUAUCGAUAGAUGAACCUGAGCUGUUUAUUCCUGAUAAUGCUCCUGUGAUGAAGAAGGGACCUGCAGAGGGAGAUCCUACACCUGCUUCUGAAAAUGAGACCGCAUGGGACUCGAGCAAGCAGUGUGGACUGUGUAAUAAACCGCACAGCAACAGAUUCAUGGUAGGCUGCGGGCGCUGUGAUGACUGGUUCCAUGGCGACUGUGUUGGACUCGACCUGGCCAAAGUACAACAAAUGGAAAAAGACGAUCAGGAGUUUGUCUGCCUCAAAUGCUGUGCGAAUGAAAGUGUGAAGAGCAACAGCGAGAACCCAGACAACAAUCCAGCACCAGAGCAGAAACAGGGACCUGAAGCAUCAGUCACGUCUGGUGGAAUUCGGCCCUUCAGGAAGGACUCGGGAGAGAGGCGCUUAUCAGCGGAGUCGGCACCAAAAUCUGGGUCAGCUGUGAAAAAGGCAAAAAUUUCUGUUCCAAGCUUAAAGAAACCAUCCACCGGACAGAUCAGGAGGAGUGUACGCGACUCACUAGAGGAAAUACUCCUGAAAAGGCUGAAGGAAUCAGACUUAAAGAUUUCAAAAGAGAAGCCAGCAGAAUUGGCCAGAGGUACAGAAAAAGAGCUUUUCGCUCUCUUCCAAGGUGUCGACAGCAAGUACAAGAACAAAUACAGAAGCCUUAUGUUCAAUCUUAGAGACACAAAGAAUAACGUGUUAUUCAAGCGUGUUCUCAAGGGAGAGAUUCCUCCUCGAGAUUUAGUUCGUAUGAGUGCAGAAGAACUAGCCUCCAAGGAACUGGCUGCUUGGCGACAACGGGAGAAUCGACAUACAAUUGAAAUGAUCGAGAAAGAACAGCGAGAAGUCGAAAGACGACCGGUCACCAAAAUUACACAUAAAGGGGAGAUUGAAAUCGAGAACCAAGAACCUGCAAAAGCCCCAGAGGCCUCGCCUGAUCUGAUUCCUAAAGCUGUUGAGGUGUCUGAGGAAAAAACACCAGAAUCAAAGGUAGAAAGCCCGAAGAAAACGAAAGAUACAACAAGCUUGCACAAGUCUCAUCUUUUUGAUCUUCACUGCAAAAUCUGCACAGGCCGAAUGGCUCCACCAGUAGAGGAGGCGACCACUAAGGCUGUCAAAGUGGCCACAAAGGUCAUUAGAAGACAGUCUACAGUUACAGAAGGGGAGAGCCAUGAACUCCUCACACCCACAUCUCCACCCAUUGCUCCAUCAGCACUGGUGGAUGACUUGUCUUUGAGAGCAAUGGAAGAAGGUCUUCUUAACUUUCCCUCCUACGAGUCAAGGUUGGAAAGUGCAAACAAUAAGGAAGACACAGUUGCGUUCCUCGCUGGUUUAAAAACCUUAUGGCACGGAUAUAUAGACAUGCCCUCUGUGGCUCGGUACCUCACAAAAGCUUACCCAGUCUCUGGAAUUUUGGACCACCUAACCGAGGAUCUGCCAGACACAAUCCAGGUUGGUGGAAGGAUCUCCCCCCAAAUGGUUUGGGACUACGUGGAGAAAAUCCGUGCCUCUGGCACAAAGGAAAUAUGUGUAAUUCGUUUCACCCCAGACACGGAGGAAGAUGAGAUCUCGUACACUUUGCUGUAUGCGUAUUUCAGCAGUCGCAGACGAUACGGCGUCGUCGCCAACAAUCGCAAACAAGUUAAAGAUAUGUAUCUCAUCCCCCUUGGUUCCACUGAAAAAAUCCCACAUCAGAUUGUUCCAUUUGAUGGUCCAGGUUUAGAGACUAAUCGACCAAAUCUUCUUCUGGGAUUGAUCAUUCGCCAAAGGCCCAAAAGGGACUUUGUUGUCCUCCUCCCAAGCGUGGCUAGUGAACCUCCAAGUUUCUUGGUGGAGAACAAACCUCAGGUAGAGCCUGUGCAGAAAGCUGCAGUGGCCCAAGAUGAGGAAAGAGACUUCAUAAGCAGUCUUGGACGGAUACAGAAAAAGGACAGCGCAAAUCCUAGCAAACCUGCAGCAACUGAAUCUCAGUUAGAUAUUGAGGAUGAGGAAAACGUCUCGUUGCGUUUUCUCCCAGGUGUGCUGACGAAGUCCAAAGCUACACCAGCAGAUGAUGAAGUAAAGAACACAACCAGUGCUGCACUUGGUCAGGCAUCUAGCUCUGACACUGACACCUCAGGAUGUGUCACUCCUAAAACGCCCACCACUCCUAGGUUGGAGCGGUUCAUCAUCAAAAAGAAAGAUCCCAAAUCCGUUGAGAAUAAACAAGAGUCGUCUGGCUCAACUGAGGAGAUCAGGAGUCCGCAAGGGAAAGAAAAAGAACCACAGAGUGGAGUUGUAUUAUCCUUAAAGGAUAAACCAGGAGAUGUAUCAACAGAGACUUUUCUAGCUAGUCUUUCCACAGUUCAGCCUAAAACCGAACCUAACAGCACCGAAACGAAAAUAGAUGUUACACCACCAAGCACACAGCCCAGUCCAGAUGUAAACCCGUCUACUGUAUUUGCUUCUGUAUCAGCCGCAUCGAAAGAUAACACUAAUGAUACCACUGAAGAUAUUUCCCAGGACAAAAAUGUGGAAAGUCCAACAAAGAUUUUAAAACCGCUCACCACUGGCAUUUUGAAAAAGACUGAUGCGCCAGAACCUGUUGAUAUAAAGCAGCCAUCUUUAAAUAAAGAUGUACCACAACCAAAAGUCACCCAAUCACCUACACCUUCAGAACAGCCAUCGGUUAGCCAGUCUGCACCUUCACAACCAUCACCAGCAAUAGAUCCCGCACUGACAUCAUCUGAGUUUAAAGCUGUUAAAGAUAUCCAGACCAUCACCACUAUUUCCUUGUCUGGAAAAAAUGAAGGCCCCAAGCCAUUGAGGCAACGUCUUCUUAGCCCUCCUCCUCCUCCUCUUUCUUUUAAUACUGGAAGUCACGGGCCGCCACCGGCUGCAUUUCCUCCUUAUCACGCCGCACCAGCUGCCCAUGCUUACCAUCCUGGACCAGUGCCCACCUUCCCACCCCAAUCUAACCCUGCACCGUUUAUACCCAUUCAUCAGCAGGCGCCUCCACCCUUUAACUACCCUCCACCUCCACCUAUGAUGUUUCCCCAAAAUGAUCAAAUGCGCGCCCCACCUUGGGCUCAGACAGUGCUUCCUCCAGCAUGUUUUCCACAGGCUGUCCCAGAGGCAGUUUCUGGACCUCCACAACAGUCGUUUACAACCCCAAGGUUUCCUGAUUCCUCCAUGCUAAACGUGCCACCCUUGAACAAGAGUGAUCCAGGUUCAGAGCUGUGGGAUGGGAAGUCCAGACCCUUGGCUGAUCCCUUCAAAAAGGAUGACCGAGACCACUAUGGAAGGUACAGGCACAAAAGCCAACACUAUGAGCGAGAGAGGCACAAGGCCAGGAGUCGGAGCCGAAGUCGAAGCAAGAGCAGGAGCAGGAGUCGCAGCAGGAGUCGAAGCCCGAGCAGGCACAGACACAAAAGCAAACACUCGCGGGAGGACAGGCAUGGGGAAAGGAGGAAAGAGCGACAUCAUAGCAGUCACCACAGGGACAGGGACAAACACAGACGAGACUCUGAUCAUGAAAAACAUCGGAGAGACUCGAGAGACAGACACUCAUGAUCUUCAUGCUCAACCUAGAUAUACCCAUUCUGCUUCAUCGACCAGACAUGUUCUUUUUGUAUUUUACUGCAUAGUAAGAUGUUAUUUAUAACAUUUAAAAGCAGCUUUUUACAAGUGUAGUUUUACAUUUUUAGUUAUUCAUGAUUUCAAUUUCUCUUUUAAAGUUUUAACAUCAGAACCAGAAAUCAGUCCGAACUCAGAUAGUUAAGAAUCAAUGCCAAGAAGCAAAUGUUAUAUCCACCUUUUUAAAAUAUCUUCAUUUUCAUCAAUUUUCUAUUUUGCAUUGAAUUUCAAUGUGUCUGUACAUUUUGGUUUAUCAAACAGUAGAGAUAACGUGCUUUCUGCACAAUGUGUUUAUGUACAGUUAAUAAAUUCUUUUUAUUGUUGAUUAAAAA